AAACCUUAAGUUAUCUCAUGGAGAGAUACUACGAGGAAAUUCGGGAGCAUAAACCCAGUGCACCAGAGGAUUUCCUAAAAGAGGACCCUGAUUAUCCCUUCUAUCAGUGUGGAGACACGCCAGAUUUAGAAUUCAUCUAUAGUAAUUGCAUGAAGAAAAACACUGACCAUGAUGAACAUGUGCAGGUGGAUUGCGGGAUAUCACCAACAGAUGUUCUUCCAUAUGAUCAGAGAUUCUACACGUACGCCGGAUCUUUGACUACGCCGCCUUGUUACGAAACUGUUCAAUGGAUUGUGUUUAAGUGUCCAAUUAAAGUGUCAAAAAGGGCAUUUGAGAACUUAAAGUUGGUCCAAGAUUCCCACAAAGAUCCUCUUAAAAAGUUUGGUGUACGGAGACCACUUCAGGUAUAA